AACCGUUCGAUAAAGCCAACAAGAAUCCGAUGCGACCAAGAAGUAAAGUGGUUUAACUCUUUUAUUUAUUCUCUGAGAGUCUCAAUUCUGCAAUAGCGGCGAAUCUCUCUCAGGACUUGAUCGUGGCUUUUAGCUUUUCGGGAGAAUCUGAUAAAAGGAAGAUGUCUGCUACUCAGGAAGAAGACAAGAAGCCCGGAGAGCAAGGAGGAGUUCACAUCAAUCUCAAAGUCAAGGGCCAGGAUGGAAAUGAAGUCUUCUUUAAGAUCAAGAGGAGCACUCAGCUGAAGAAGCUGAUGAACGCUUACUGCGACCGUCAAUCUGUGGAUUUGAACGCAAUUGCUUUCUUGUUUGAUGGGCGUCGUCUCCGUGCCGAACAGACUCCAGACGAGCUUGAUAUGGAGGAUGGAGAUGAGAUCGAUGCAAUGCUCCAUCAGACCGGUGGUGUUGCAAAUGGCAUGUAUCUGUUCUGCGUCUAAUGGUGUUUUAUGGCUUUCGCUUAAGACGGUGUGACAUAAAUAUAUUAAUGGACAGUUUUUUCGAUAAGACGUUGUGAUAUCAAAUAAGUAUAUUAUAUUAUUAUUGGAUGGAUCCUACAGUACUAAUGGAUCGCGCUUUGCUUAAUGGAUUUUCUAUUGAUUCAA